GUUUUCUUAUGGGGGCGCCACUAGACGAUUCCGUGUUCGUCUGCUUUCGAAUUUUCGAACAGUUUUAACGUAGCGUUACUCCAAACGGAAUAUAAUUUACGAUUUCCGGUGGCGUCGACGUCGCUUAAUGGUCGUCGUCGGAGAGAAUUAGGAAGAAAAGGAGGCCGACCGAAAAAUGACUCGACACGCCAAGAACUGUACGGCGGGUGCCGUGUACACUUACCACGAAAAACAGAAAGAUACGAAGACUUGCGGAUACGGUACUCAAAAGGAUCGAAUCGGGAAGGAUUCCGUCAAGGAUUUCGAUUGCUGUUGUUUGACCCUGCAGCCCUGUCACAACCCCGUGGUGACACCUCAAGGAUUUCAAGAACUGUUGGAAUUAGCAAAGGCAGAACAAGCUUCUAAAGCUGAAACAUUUCUGAAGGAUGAGAAAAAUUUUACAGCUUUUAAUGGUAAAUCAGAUGAAGCCAGUACUAGUAAACAAAGUAUUUGUAACAUGAAAAAUGGCAAUGAGAAAGUUCUGCCAAGUUUUUGGAUUCCAUCUCUAACUCCAGAGGCAAAAAAAUGCAACUUGAAAAAACCAGAUUCCACUAUCUAUUGCCCGAUGAGUGGAAAGCCACUAAAAAUUAAAGAUCUCAUUCCCAUACAGUUUAUGCUAAUACAAGAUUCCGAACCAAAGUCUCUCAUUGCUCGUAAACAAGAACUGUUGGAAUUAGCAAAGGCAGAACAAGCUUCUAAAGCUGAAACAUUUCUGAAGGAUGAGAAAAAUUUUACAGCUUUUAAUGGUAAAUCAGAUGAAGCCAGUACUAGUAAACAAAGUAUUUGUAACAUGAAAAAUGGCAAUGAGAAAGUUCUGCCAAGUUUUUGGAUUCCAUCUCUAACUCCAGAGGCAAAAAAAUGCAACUUGAAAAAACCAGAUUCCACUAUCUAUUGCCCGAUGAGUGGAAAGCCACUAAAAAUUAAAGAUCUCAUUCCCAUACAGUUUAUGCUAAUACAAGAUUCCGAACCAAAGUCUCUCAUUGCUCGUAAAGCAAGAUACAAAUGUGCCGUCACACACGACGUCCUCAGUAAUUCCAUUCCCUGCGCAGUAUUGAAAACAUCAGGUAGUGUUGUCACCGUGGAGUGUGUGGAGAAAAUCAUUAGAAAGGAGAUGAUCGAUCCAAUAAAUGGAAAGAAGUUGACCGAGAAGGACAUCAUAUACUUACAGAGGGGAGGAACGGGCUACUCCAGCACCAACGAAAGUCUGAAAGCAGAAAUAAAGAAACCGGUCAUGAUGGCUUAAAUGCAUUUAUGUACAGUACAUUAUUAAUUUGUGUGUAUGACUUGUGCUCGUCACCCAAUAAAUAUU